AUGGUUGCAGGGAGCAACGCCUCCACCCGGUUCUUCCGACCCCAGGAUCCGAGUGUGAACAUCACCACUGCUGGGGCUUUGGGGAAGAGCGAGAAGACGGCUGUCUUGCGAGAGCCCAGGGUCCCCUUGAGAAAGUUGGGCUUGAUGUCCAUUGCGGGGCUCGUUGCCGGCUACUGGAUGACCGUGGUGGCCAGGGAAAAAUCGUCGCCUUCCAAGGGUUUCUCGUGCACGGAGGAAGACAGGAGCCUUUGGUCCGCAACGCCAGAAGCUCUGCCGUGGAUGGUGCUGUCCAUGGUCCUCUCCAUCUUCAACAAGUGGAUUUUUAUCCCGUCGGGGGCCGACUUCCCCUAUCCUCUCACGCUCUCCUGCUGCCACAUGUUCACGACGAGCCUUGUACUCCACAGCUUGCGCCUCUUCAAGCCGAGCCUUUUCCCUGGCAUGAGUGAAGGAUUGCGAAGCGACUGGGAGACAUUUCGCGCCGUGGUUCUGGUAGGUGGCCUGCUGGCUGUGUCAGUGGUUCUGUCCAACUCCGCUGCCAUGCUGUUGUCUGUGGCCUUCAUUAACAUGCUCAAGGGUGGAAACUCGGUUUUUGCCUUGGCACUGGGUCUCGUCAUUGGCACGACCAGCUGGUCUACAGCUCUGCAGCUCGGUUGGCCCGUGCUGAUCAUCUCCAUCGGGGCCGCAGCCACCAUUCACGGGGAGCUCUUCUUGAGCCACCUGGGCCUGGGGCUCUUGGUGGUGGCCAUUCUGGUGGAACAGUUCAGACUGGUUCUCUUCAAGUCGAUGAUGUCUGAAAGUGGGCUGAAGCUGGAUCCCCUGUCAGCUCUGUCUCUCUUCUCGCCGGUGGCCUUCCUGGUCACGGCGCCCUUUGCACUGUCAGAGCUUCGUGCUGCCCUGCACGUGCUCGAUGCCUUGCGAGGGAGUGCAUUGAUCCUGAAUGCGCUCACCGCAGUUACCCUCAACGUGGCCUACUCCAGAUUGCUGAAGGUGGCGAGCCCCGUCACCUUUACGGUCUUUGGCACUGCCAAGGAUGUUACUACUGCCGCUCUCUCACUGUGCAUCGUGGGGGGCAUUGUCACUCCCCAGCAACUUUGUGGCUACGUCGCUACGUUGUUCGGCAUGCUCCAGUAUGACCGCGCGAAGCGCCAGCUUGCCUAG